AUGGCUAAACCAUAUUUCAAGCGCCUCACAAUAGUUCAACUCGGCAAACCACGCCCGAAGUUCUCGGAAUUUGCAGAUGAGGCAAAUGCUAGAAACUCUAUACCUCCAUGUCCCGGACCGAAUAAACCAAUAGUCGAGUUCUCGCCUAAGCUGCCUAAUGUUGUAAUGACCGGCGCGAAUGGAAAGGCCGGUAAUAUUUGCUUAUCAUGUUUCUCUGGUUUCUUGAGCGAUACACCGUUGGAGACAACGGCAUUCGUUGCUGCCAGGCUAGCUUCUGAUCAACUCGGAAAAGUGACUUGCGAUUUGGCACAUGACUAUUCUCAGAUGGCCAUGUCAUACGCCGUGAGUCAGCGGAAUGAGCAGAUAUGGCGGGAUGCGGUAAAGAUGGGAAGCAAAGCAGAGCACUGUGCUGGGAAAAGGGGUAUGGAUGAGGUAGAAGUUUUUCAAGCUCGAAGAAUGAAAGGCGAUGUGGUUCAAUGGCACCAGCUGAAUAGCUCACCGACAGUUGAAAUAUGUCCAUUCUGUUACUGGACAAAGGCCCAUAUGCUUGGUGCUGCGCAUAUGUUCUCUCCGGUAUCACGACAACUACCUCAGGGGCAUGUGCAUAUUUGUUCUAUGAUGGGGUCAGAUACUUCUGAGACAACAGCAACAAAUAGCCCGGAUAAUUUCGAAGAUAGUGUUGCGUGGCGUGGAAGAAUUCUCUUUGAUGCUUUACGACCCGGCUACGAAGCUGGAGACUGGAGCCCUUUGACCUCAGCUGGCCGAAUGCUUGCUACCAACGCUCCGCCGUGUGGUGGUAAUAUACGAGGAUUCUCUCGAGGAAGCAAUAGGCGUUGGUACGGCCGCGUCAAUCAAGCCUACGGCAACCAGAAUGACUGCACAAUCAUCAUCUGCGAAGAAUGUUACAUGCGUUCAGUGAACGGUAAACCUCACGCCAACCUCUUCAGUCAGGAUAUGACAAAAUUCGCAUGCAUCAAUACCGGAUCCGAUGGCUUGAUCUACUGCAGUACAUACACAAACCGUGCUAGAGGGGUGGUACGCCAAUGUGCCGAGACCGGUGACCUGGUCUCAUUUGCUCGGUGGUGGAACAUGCGUGAAGAACUCCGCAGAAAGAAACACUCAUGGAAUCCCAUCAUUGAAGUACAGCUACAGAAGGAAAAGCUCGCUGAUGCUCAUAGAUUAACACAGGCCAGGCUAAAAGCUAAUGCGCAAAUAAAUACCAUGGCAAGAUUGGGAUCAGCUGGUGCCGCCGAACUUGCGGCAGGGGAUACAGGUUGGAGAUAUGGAAAUUCUCAGGUUGGUUACGGAUUCUGGACUUCAGGGGCUGCAGACGCGCAAAUGGAUUGGAUAAGAGCAAGCAAUAUGCCUUCAGGCUUCGAAGGAAACCCUAUCAAUUUGGUCAUGGAUACUCAGGCGAUCCUCACGCAGGCCCGGCAGGACGAGCUCAAUUUUGCUGCUGUUGAGUAA